CGAAGCUUCAGCCCACAAAUCCACCCGGAGAUCCGAAGUACCUGAAACAGUCCUACAGCCGCGGGAAAAGAAGGGAGAGAAGGAAAACAACCACCAAACCAUUUACGAAAGGAACCUGCAUCAAGAGAUAGCUCUGGUUUCUCGAGUCUGCUAAAAUCUCUAGCUGCAAUGUCAGCAACAGAAAUUCACAUGCAUGCACUCUUACACAAAAGAUCCCAAAUCGCUUUAGAAAGGCUCUGUCACCCCAGUCUGGCAAAUAAGUCACAGAAUUAAAAAGCAGACACAAGCAAGGCUACUGUACAUGCUGCCAGCAAGAAGAGGAUUUGAGUGUCCUGAACUGCAAUGGCUCAAGAUGUGGGAAUGGGCCUUUGCAUGGAGGCUUAACCCAGAGCAGGAGACAGCAGAAAUAUCUCCAGUGCCUUCCAGAGGAAUUGCCUUGCUCAUGCACCUGGAAAAUCAAGGGUAGAGGAGAGAAAAAGGUCUGGUGGCAAGCUGGGACAUUUAGGAAGCAUUGCACUGAUGCAUCCACAUCCUCUCUACUGCCACAAAACCCUUCAGGAACUGAAUCAAUCAAAAAUAACAUUUUGGGUUGAUUUUUGUCCAGAUGAACUCUCUCCAAGUAUUUAAAUCAACCAGCAAAAUGACCUACUUCUGGUUUGUUUAACCCUUCCGUUGAAAUCUGCAUCAAGUUUGAAAACCAAAAAUCCAUAACAGUUUCCAGAAGAAGUCUCACUUAAUCUUAUGCUAUAGCACUAACUUCUAUGACAGAAAUGUCUCACCUGGCCCUUCUGAGAAUCCCAUUUGCCUUUUGUAAAGCCAUGUUAAACAGGCAGCUUGUUGCAAACCCAUGUACAUCCUUCUCCUUGUCGUCACACCUAACAAACUCCCAGCUGAUAAACAAGUGCUUACUGCUGCUGCUGAACAUAUGCCUCUGCUAUGUAUGACAGCCCAUACUGGGGUUGUUGCUGGCAUUACAAUGGGCCUCUUUUUUAGCAGUAUGGAUUACUUCUGAUAGUUUUAUUAAGCUCCAUAUAUAGAAUCAUAGAAUUGCUCAGGUUGGAAAAGACCUUAAAGAUCAUGAAGUCCAAGUGCCGCCUAACCUUUCUACCCCAACUCUUAACAACCCACUGCUAAAUUGUGUCCCUGAGCACCAAAUUGAUUAUAAACACACUCAAGGAUGGUGACUCAACCACUUCCCUGGGGAGCUUAUUCCAGUGCUUAAACGUAUAUGUUUAUUUAUAAAUACAAUCAAUUGGCCACUGUAGCUGAUGCCAUCCCUUGCUACUACUUAAAAAGACAGGAAGUAAGGGAGAUUUCCAGACAGAUGGAUCUACUUUUUAUAAAGCAAACCUAGUCCCCUUCACUGUGUUAAACCAGAGAAAUUUUAGCCUGAUGCUGCCAGUUUUCUUGCAUACUUCCAACGCUAUAUCAUGCUUCUUCAGUGCAGGCAAUGUUCAGAGGUACCAAAUGAUCUAAUGGCAUCACAAUUUUACCAAACUAUAACGGGGGAGCAGAUCUCAUGCAUCAACAAUGGGAAGAAAGCACAAUAAAAUCAAUAGUUUAAAACUACGGAAAAGAGGAUACUGCUUGACACUGCACAAAGAGCAAGGCAGUUUCUCAAAACUUGGGGGUAGGAGUAGUAUUUUUAAGGCCAAGACCAGUGAAACACAAAACCUGAGCUAGUGAUCAGGCUAAUUUCUGGAACUAGGAUGCAAAUGAGCUAAGCAAGAAAUACAGCAGCAGAAAAUUAAUUACAAGUGAAGUAUCUCAGGCUGGAACUUGAGCUAGAGGAGUCAGAGACAAAAGCAACAGCUUCCAGAGUGUGAUUUGGCACCUUGAUAACACCCAGCCCCACACUGGUGGGGACAAGACUGUGACUCAGGAAUGAAAAGAGCAUCUGAGUCAAGAGAAAAAUCCAUAGCAAAGGCAAGAGAGUGGAGCUACAUAAAGGGGAAAACAUAGCCCUUAUCUCCUGCUGAUAACAGUGAAAGAAAGUUGGCUAUAAUUGGGAUGGUGCAAAUCCCAUCUGUCCAUCAGAGGAUCUGGGGAAAGUGACACGAAGGGGCACUGGCUGCAACUCCACGUAGGCAAUGCCCCUCUACUCCCCCUCUCCCGGCAUCCCCUCCCACCUGAUAGAGACAGAGGGAUGCUUUCAGCCGACGUGGCUGCCAGAGUCAGCUGCUCCUUGAUGUCAGCACUUGCUUCGAGCUCGGCAGCGCUGGAGCCGGCAAGCAGAGCACAGCCGAACCUCAGACUCCGCUGCUGCCUCCUGCACCCCGCUCAGCCCCGGCCGAGGGACCCACCCCAUCGCCGCCACGGAUCCCUGGAGGCAAUUUGUCCAACUUUGAGAAGAACCCCAGCCCCCGGGGCUAAUUGCCAUGGCCCCCAUCAACUCUUUGCGCAAUUUCUCCACGUCGGAGGCUGAGAACUGCUCAGCAGUAGCAGAGAAGCCAGCACUGUACACCAAUGUGAUCAUGCCCAGCCUCUUCAGCAUCAUCUGUUUCUUGGGCAUUGUGGGGAAUCUCAUUGUCAUUUACACUAUUGUCAAGAAGAAGAAGCUGAAGCGUAACCAGACCGUGCCUGACAUUUUCAUCUUCAGCCUCUCCAUCGUGGACCUCCUCUUCCUCUUGGGCAUGCCCUUCCUCAUCCACCAGCUCUUAGGCAAUGGCUCAUGGUACUUUGGAGCUACCCUGUGCACCAUCAUCACCACCCUGGACAACAACAGUCAGAUCACCAGCACCAACAUUCUUACAGUGAUGACCCUGGACCGUUACCUGGCAACUGUCUAUCCUCUAAAAUCCACCUAUGUCCGGACCCCAUUUAUUGCAGCUCUAGUUAUCUGCAUGGUGUGGCUGCUCUCCUUCCUGACCGUCAUUCCUGUGUGGAUGUAUGCAGGCCUUAUGCCUCUGGCAGAUGGGACCGUUCGCUGUGCUCUCUUGCUUCCCAACCCAGAGACUGAUAUCUACUGGUUCACUCUCUACCAGUUCAUGCUGGCAUUUGCCAUGCCACUGACUGUGAUCUGUGUAGUCUACUUCAAGAUUCUGCAGCACAUAACCACCACUGUGGUCCCACUGCCCCAGAGGAGCCUCCAGGUUCGUACCAAGAAAGUCACCCGCAUGGCAGUUGCCAUCUGCUCUGCCUUUUUCAUUUGCUGGGCUCCUUUCUACAUCCUCCAGUUGGUUCACCUUGGCAUUGAUACCCCAUCCAUAUCUUUCUUUUAUGCCUACAACUUUGCCAUUAGCUUGGGCUAUGCCAACAGCUGCCUCAGCCCCUUUCUCUACAUUGCCCUCAGUGAGACCUUCAAGCACCAGUUCUUGGUAGCCAUCCGCCCCUCAAAAGUGCCAUGUCACAACAGCAGCUCUGCCAACAACAGCAGCAUGACAGACGGCAGCAUAUGCCUAAAACUGGCUUCAGAAUCCACUCAGCCGACUCAGCUUCCAGAGGGCUCCUCACACUCACUGCCUGCAACUGUUGCUGUUCACUAGGUGACACUGAAGUUAUCACAACAGAAAGCCUUCUGACUGGUAAAUCUGCAGAGAAGCAGAAGCCUUGGGCAGCACUUUGUGAAGCUACAGACUGCUGACUUCUACGUUCAAGAGGCCAGGUGCUCAGGUCUGCUGCUUGGCAUUCUGGUCCAGCAACAGCUGCUUCCAGUGUCCUUUCCUGUUCAGCAACCAAGAUAUUUUCAAGAGAUGGAUAAACUUGAUGCUAAUCCUAAAUAUUUCAAGUGAAAUCAGACACAUAGCAGUUGCACUGCUUCAAGGAGCUGCAAACAAUUCUCAGAAAUACUGCUGCUAACACCAGAUUUGUUGCUUAUCAUGCUGAUGAGACUAUUUUCACGCUGCCAGUUCCUCGUGCUGCUCUUGUGUCUUGCAGUCUACAUGGCAAUUGGGGGAACCCCUGGCAAAGGUCUUCAAAACAUGACUAAAAAGCACAGAGUGUGCAGAGAUCUGUAAAGCAUGAAGAUGGGAAAAGGCAGCUCAGGAAGCUGAGUUGCUUACACAACUUGUUCAAAAUAACAAAUGCUUUACAAACUUAAAGGAAACUUAGAUGCCUAUUCUACAUGCAAAGCUUUAACAGCCAGAGAUUAGGAAACAGGUUUGCUCAUUACAAAGACUAGAAAAAAAGACAACACAGAUCAGCUAAAGGCAGGCGAUUACACUGAGAAUGCACACGGCUGCUCCCAUGGGAUAGUGCAGGUCUUGUUAAACACUUUGUCAAACACAAAGGAACAAUUUGAUGUGGAUUAAUUUUGUGUAAAGGUACAUGAAAAAUACCACAUAGCACAGAAUUAUUUUAUUACCUUUAUUGUUUCAUGCUGCCAGUCACCAACAAUAUAGCCAUAACAGAAAUUCAUUCUGUAUUGGACUGUUACCUGCACAGGAUUUUCUGAGAUUAUGAGCGUACCCAGCAUACACUUACAACACUUGCACACAUUUAAGUGCAGCUAAUACUUCAUUCUACACACCACAGAGUACAGCAAUUCACUCACUUCGAGUGAUCACAGCAGGCUGGUAUGCAACGCUAGCACUUUUAUCAUCAGAUGCAGAGAGAUGAUUUUUGAGUUAAUGAAAGUUUGUAAAAAAGAGCUAGGUUCUUCCAUUCCAGACUCUGCCCAACAUCCACACUUAUGACUGUGUGGUAUUUUUAUUGGUUUUCCACCUUCUUUCCCUGGACUCUAAAGCCAGAUAGACACAUAUAGAGCGUGCAAACUAUGAUUUUAAAAGUCUUUUCCCCAUCUUAAAUGCCAGGAAUUUUCAUCUGUGCUGGUUUUCAUGGGACUUCUUUGGUCAAUAUUCUGCCUGAAGAGAGCAAAGGUCAAGGAAUGCAAGCUUGUGCCAUGCAGACUUGCUCUAAAGACUAGUGAAACUGCUGUCAAGGUGGUAAAGACUGGACAUUCCCCCCCCCCUCCCUCCCUGUUAAUACCAGCAAUGAGGAAGGUAUGAGGGAAGGAAAAACGUGUUUAAUUGUCUGUCCUCUCAAAGCAGCACAUUAAAGAUGUUAUCUUGCUUACAGUAAAUGUGUUUAUGAUUCAACCAGACUAUUCCCACCUUAAAUGAAUCAGUCUGACUUGGUGUGGUCAAGCCUCAUGUUCAAAAUCAGUGGCACACAGUGAGCA